ACUCUCGCGGAUCCGAGUCCGAACCAUCAUCGUCACCGCCCUGCUGCCCUACGUCCAGCAAACCGCCCUCGACGCCGCGCUGGCAUUGAGAGACGGGCGGCUCGACGCGGCUGAGGCGCUCAUUGCAGCGCUGCAAAGCGCCGGCUACCAAACCGCGGGCGAUCUCACAAAGGCGCUGCUGGGGUACGUCACCCAGGCCACCUACGAUGCGGGCCAGGCUCUGCAAGACUCCCGGCUGGACGCCGCUGACGCGGCGAUCCUCGCGCUGCAAAGCGCCGGGCCCUUCGCCACCAGCGGGGACCUCACGUCCCUGCAGGUCUCGCUGCAAUCCGCCAUCGACGGCUUGCUCGCGGAAAUCGCCACAAACUUGCACGCCGUGGCUCCCCUGAGCAUCGCCCUCGCGAACGACAAUUGGGCCCUGUCCUUCUCCGUGGACAGCUACAGCACCGCUCAAACCGACGCCCUGCUGCUCCCCAAGGCCAGCGAGGCCUGGGUGCUCGCCACGCUCGGCGGGUACUACACGGUUCUGGAGACCAACGACGCCAUCACGGCGGCUCUGACCAAUUACUUCACGCAGGCCGAGGUGACUGUGAACCUCGUUGCUGCCAUCACCGAGUCCAAGGAUUACACGGACGCGCAGCUGGCCGACUACAGCACCACGGCGCAAAUGACGCAGGCCAUCUCCGAUGCACUGGUGCCCUACGGGACCAUCGUCCAAAGGGACGCAGCGAUAGCUGCAGCGCCCGCGAGCUACUACACCUCGGCGCAGACCGACAGCGCCAUCGCGGCGGGGCUGGCCACCAUCGAUCUCAGAACCUCUCCGUGGCGGGAGCCCUCACCGCCACCUUCCAGAACCUNNAACCUGGACGACACGAUCCUCAUCGAGUCCGACUCCUACGCCCGAUCCGAAACUUACACGCAGCUCGAAACCGGAGCUGCAAUCACCGCGGCGCUCGACGCGCUGAAUCUCACGCAGUACAGGACGGAGGCCCAGGUGCUGGCGCUCAUCGCAGGAGAGCUGGUGCCCUACUGGGACCAGAGCGAGGUGUCGAGCUUCGUGGCCGGCGAGCUGUCGAACUACCAGACCAGCAGCCAAGUGAGCGCGGCCAUCUCCUCGGCGCUGUCGAGCUACGACAACAGCAGCCAGGUCGACAACAAGAUCAUCACGGCCCUGCUGGACUUCUACACCCGAGCGGAAACGGACCAGGCCAUCGCCAACGCCGUGUCCGCGGAAACUCAAACUUACGUGGCCAACGAGCUGCUGGCCUAUUAUCCGCGCACCGAGCUGGACUCGCAGCUCACGGCCACUUUCACGCAGUACUGGACCAGCGGGCGCACCCAAACGGAGAUCGACGAUGCUCUGGCCAGCUCCGGCUUCCUGGACCAAACGGCGGGGGACGCCCGCUACUUCGUGAGAGCUCCCGGCGCGGAGUCGGGGCAGAUCUGGAACUUGGUCCAAGAGCAGUUCACGCCCCGCAUCGUGAGGAACCUGCUCCUCGAGGCGCCGCUGACCGGCGACGCCAUCCUGGGCAACCAGUCCACCCUGCGCAUCCGGAGCGACUCCUGGGCGAAAGCGGAAGCGGACGGCCGCUUCCUGAGGACCAACGACCUGGGGCCCCUCGACGCGAGGUACUUCCCGGUGGCCCCCGGCGCGGAGGGCAGUGGGAUCUAUAACUUGAUCCAAACCCAGUUCACUCCGAAGAUAAUCAGAAACCUGUUGUGCCAAACUCCCCUCUCCGCCCAGCCGAUCCUGGGCAACGGCAGCACCCUCCAGAUCUCCUGCGACUGCUGGAGCAAAGGUCAGAGCGACACCCGCUACCCCCUCAUCGCCAAUUUCAACUCCCUGGGCCAGCGGGUCACGGACCUCGAGAACAGUCCGGGCGUGGACCCCGCGGCGGACCUCACGGUCAACUCGCUAACGGUCACGAGCUUCGUGGACACGCCCCAGCUGCAGAGCGCAGCGGGCGACCUGCAGAUCCAAAACGCCCUGGUGACCGUCCGCAGGGAGGACGGCGCCCUGCUGGCCUCCUUCGCCGACGGCGGCAUCAGCCUGGACCGGGACGUCACGGUGGCCGCGGCCAGCACUCUGAACGCGACGACGGCGGAUUUCGCCCAGCUCCUGGUGGGCAGCACGGCCGCCAGCGGCACCUUCAACUCGAGCAGCAGCGUCACCGCCAAUCUGGAGGGCGGCAGCAACGGGGUUCUGGUGGAUGACACCCUGCUGGUCAACGGGGCCAUCGCACCCGUCACGGGGCUCGGAGCCCCGGGCGGCUUCUGCGAGCUGGCCGUCAUCAACCAGGCCCCCACGGGCGUGGCGCGGCUCUACCUGACCACUCAGAACGACUCGAUCAGCGGCGGGAAGGGCGAGCUGGUGGCGCUGGCCGACGGCGGCGUGCAGCUCAACGCGUCGGACCAGUUCAUCGCCUUCAACACCACCUCCGGCCUGGCGAACCUCGCCAUCGAGCCCAACACCGGCGGCAGCAACAACGGGGAGCUGAUCUUCGGCUACGGCUUCGUCAAUUUGAGCGACCGGGCGCUCAAGGAGAACGUGCGGGCCAUCCCGGAGGAGGAGCUGCAGGAGACCUUCGACGCGGUGGAGCCGCAGAUCUACGACCGCAUCGGGGGCGGCAAGGAGCAGAUCGGCUUCGUGGCCCAGGACGUGCAGGCCAGCGGGAAGCUGGGCGCGACGAUGUGCAAGACGAAGAAUUUGGACGGGAGAGAGCUCAUGGCCCUCGACUACCAGAAGCUCUCGGUGGUGCUGUGGGGCGUGGUCAAGAAGCUGCAAAAGCGGGUCGAAAAGCUCGAGAAGAAGCGCAAGGAGGAGGCGAUAGGGCUGUUCCAGCAGCUUGCUAGAGACUUUAACGUGAGGGACCCCAGGACGCUCUAUCAGAUCGCUCGACGGGAGUUCCCGGGGCGGGCGGACCUCACCAGUGCGCGAGCACAGGCGGCGUUGCGCAGCGACGUGGCCAGGCAGAUCCUGGCGCCCAAGCCCAGGAGCCUGGGCAAGAGUGCGGCGGAGGGGCCGAACGACCGCCUGCAGGCAGACCUCAUCGAUUUCAGCCAGAACACCCGACAAGUGGCCACGAAGGCCCUGCCCGACAAGUCGGCCCAAACGGUGACGAGGGCGGCUGCGGAGAUCAUCCCGAAAUUGGUUCAGGACGAGUCGAAUUACGUCGUCACGACCGACAUGGGCAACGAGUUCCGGGGCCUCGAGGCCGCACUGCCCGCGGGCGUGGUGCACCGGCAGAAGGAUCCGACGGACCGCAAUGCAACGGCGGUGGUGGACCGAGCGAUGCAAACAUUGAAGAAGGACCUGGCGGGUGAGGUGGCGCGGCACGGCGGCGGGUGGGGCGACCACGUGGACGAAGCUACGGAGGCCUACAACGCUCGCCCGCAUGCGGCGGUCACCGUGGCACCGGAGGAUGUGGAGACGAAGCCUGCCGCGAGCUUCCGGGUCUAUCAAGACAACGCGGCCAAGUUCAAGCACAACGAUGAGCUGACGAGGAGCCGUCAGCGGCGAUUCCUGGACCAAGACGGACUACCACCUCAAAGAAGCCUACCUGCUGACCCAGGCAGUGUAGGUCCCGACCUCCGAGUCCUCCCAGGGGGG